AUGGUAGUUCAAAAGAAGUUUUCUUCAGUUGGAGCUUGGGAACACAGCAAGAAAGCAUCUGUGGAAGCUGAGCUAAAAAAGAUCGAGGAGAAACUAAUCAAGAAGAAAGCCGAGUACGCAGAGCAAAUGAAGAACAAAAUAGCUCAAAUCCACAAAGAAGCAGAAGGGAAGAGGGCAACGACCGAAGCUAAACGCGGGGAAGAUGUUCUCAAGGCCGAGGAGAUGGCUGCAAAGUACCGCGCCACAGGAACUGCCCCAACAAAGCUAUUUGGAUGCUUUUGA